AUCGCCCAAAGUCUGCACUCACUGUGAAGACUGCUGCGUCCAGAACUGUACCACCCCUGACAGCACAGGACAGGACGAAGAAAAACAAACAAACACAGAAAGGGAAAACAACUGAGUUUUGGUUGAUGUUGUGAAGGAGUCUACCUACCAUGGUUCAGCGUGCGUCAAAUGCGCAAUUGUUCUAGCUCAUUAUUUUCACUUGAAUAGUCGGCGACGCAAAAAAUAAUAAUCAACGACACUAGAGUAUUUACACCGGAUAUAAUCCUUUUGAGGCUGAUCAAAUGUUAAAAAUGACCGCAGAGCAUGACAAGUCCAUCAGCGACCCACCGUGUAGCCCGGCGGGGACUACGAGCUCCAUGUCGCAGGAUGAUUCCGACUCGGAUGCGCCCUCGUCGCCAACGGGAUCAGAUGGACACGGAUCACUCCUCGCUGGUAUAGGAAAGAAACUGGACGGCGAGGAUGAUGACCGAUUCCCAGCCUGCAUACGUGACGCGGUGUCGCAGGUUCUCAAGGGAUACGACUGGUCCCUCGUCCCCAUGCCCGUUCGAGGAAAUGGCUCGCUGAAAAAUAAACCCCAUGUCAAAAGACCGAUGAACGCGUUCAUGGUGUGGGCGCAAGCGGCGCGCAGAAAGCUCGCGGACCAAUACCCUCAUCUGCACAAUGCCGAACUGAGCAAGACUUUGGGGAAACUAUGGCGCUUACUCUCAGAGAAUGAGAAGCGGCCAUUUGUGGAGGAAGCGGAGAGACUUCGGGUGCAGCACAAAAAAGACCAUCCCGACUACAAGUACCAGCCUCGGCGUCGGAAGAGUGUGAAACCUGGGCAGAGUGACUCCGACUCUGGUGCAGAGCUGGGGAAUCACAUGUACAAGGCUGAACCAGGAUUGUUGGCAGGCCUAGCCGAUGGACACCACCACCCUGAACAUGCAGGCCAACCCCACGGUCCACCCACACCCCCCACCACCCCCAAAACGGACCUGCACCACGGGGGCAAACAGGACAUGAAGCACGAGGGACGGCGCCUGCUGGACAGCGGCCGACAGAACAUCGAUUUCAGCAACGUGGACAUCUCCGAGCUCAGCACCGACGUCAUCAGCAACAUGGAGGCCUUCGACGUGCAUGAGUUUGACCAGUAUCUACCGCUCAACGGCCAUGCCUCCACCGCUGGUGCAGGCGUGGACCACCACGGCCACCAUGGACCAAACCCUGCAUCUGGUGCCGGCUCGUAUACAUCAUACAGCCACGCCACAGCGAACGGUGCCGUUUGGAGCCGCAAGAGUGCCACCAUGUCUGCUUCUUCCUCAACUUCUAGUGAGGCGGUCCCACAGCACCGGGCCCACAUCAAGACGGAGCAGCUGAGCCCCAGCCACUACAGCGGCGACAGUCACUCUCACAGCUCCCCCUCCCACUCAGAUUACUCCCACUCCUACACAGCCCAGACCUGCGUGACGUCAUCCGCAGCUGCAGCUUCCUUCUCCAGUUCUCAGUGUGACUAUACAGACCUCCAGAGCUCCAACUAUUACAACCCCUACUCAGGCUACCCUUCCAGCCUGUACCAGUACCCUUACUUUCACUCCUCCAGAAGGGCGUACCACGGGAGCCCCAUCCUCAACAGUUUGUCCAUUCCCCCCACCCACAGUCCCCCCACCUCCAACUGGGACCAGCCGGUGUACACCACCCUAUCCAGACCGUAGGUGACUGUUCAUUACUCACCAGGGACGUGUUCAUCAAUAUGUUUUGCAACAGACAACGAAGAUGACCAUUUCCUAUUCUACAAGUCCAAGAAGUCCCUCCCCUUUUUCUUUGUAUGGUGCCCAAUGAACACAACCCAGGUCUCAUGGAAAUGUGAGAACUGGAGGACGAGGAUUGGAGGGUGCUAGGCUAUCCCCGUGCCAAUUUGAACAUAUCGAAGAAAAAAUAUCGAAGUGCCUGCUGAUUUUAUACAAACCUUUUUCGUUUUACCUUAACCAUGGAAAGACAGAAAGACUGACUUCGACAAAGAAAUCAAAUCAAAGGCGAGCCAAAAUUCCUCUGUGAGGAGUCGGACCCCCCCCCCCACACACAUCUAGUACAGCCACUCCUUCUUCAAGUUCAGGGUUGUGUUCAUUAGGGCACACAAUGGAAAUGUUUUUAAGAUAUAUUGCAAUGGAAAAUUAGCUUUUAUUAUUUCUUCUGUUUGGUGCCUAAUGAACACGACCCAGGUCUGCACAAGUUGUUGUGUUAUGUGCACCGUUGAGACAGCAGCGUGUAGGCCUGCCGCGGACUUGUGUAGGAGAGAGAGAGAAUAACGCUUAGGCCCAAGUCCUUGGUGAAGCAGAUGGAGAAACAGAUACUUUUGGAAUGAAGCUCUGGGAUUAAGAUUUUUUUUGUUCACAGACUGAAUCCCAUAUGGCACCCUAUUCCCUAUACAGUGCACUACUUUUAACCAGGGCCCAUAGGGCUCUGGUCAAGUAGUGCACUACAGUAUGAGGCCGAGCUGUAUAACUUAAAUAUGCACACAGAUAUUUACAUCAGUGGACCAGUCUUAAUUCAGUUGUUAAUUUGAAUUCUUAAAUGUUCAUUUUGUUGUUAUUUUGAUCUUAGAAAUAUCUUAAAUAUGUAUUUAUGUUCAUCACAUUAUUUCUCGUGUUAUUUCCAAUGUAGUCGUUAAACACCAGUAACAAAGUAGGGGUAUAUCACAAUGUCUAUUAAAUGGAAAUGGGUGGGUGGUGGAUCUAAGUACAGUAGAAAUUCCAUAACCCAUUACUACAUUUUAUAUCAUCAUUCCCUAGAUGACCAAUAAUGAACAUUGUCUCCAUUCCAAGUUGCAGGAAAGCAAAGUGGGACCAAUAGAACAGAUCUAUUUGAAUAUCACAUGAUGCAACAGAUACCAAUAGACCAAUAGAAUGCCACCUGAUCCAACAGGUGCCUGGAAGCUAUGCUUGACCAAUUGCGAUUAGUCAUGAUGUGGGGUUUAAGGAAGUGGGGUAAGAUAACACCAGACACACUGAGUAACGUGUCAGCUGGACUCAUGCAGACAGGACGACACACAGAUGUGUGUGUGUUCGUGUGUGUGUUGUCCCAGGGGACCAAGCAUGAACAAGUAAGGACAGAACAGUUGUUUUGAUUGACUAAGCAGCAUACUGUACUGUUAUCUGAGUUAAACAGGGCAGCAUACUGUACUGUUAUCUGAGUUAAACAGGGCAGCAUACUGUACUGUUAUCUGAGUUAAACAGGGCAGCAUACUGUACUGUUAUCUGAGUUAAACAGGGCAGCAUACUGUACUGUUAUCUGAGUUAAACAGGGCAGCAUACUGUACUGUUAUCUGAGUUAAACAGGGCAGCAUACUGUACUGUUAUCUGAGUUAAACAGGGCAGCAUACUGUACUGUUAUCUGAGUUAAACAGGGCCACUGAAAGCUUACAAAGAAAGACAGAGAGUCUUCUUAUUCACUAUGACAGAAUGCAUGUGAGAACGUUCAUGUAUGUGUUUUGGGUCAAUUCUUCAGAAUUCAUAAGAUGCCAAUUCACUGUAACCCAGUUUACAAUGUGCAGAACGUAUUUGUGUCUUCUAAUGCUUUAUCAUCAUUUCCAAAUUGGAUUAUUAACAGACUUCAUGCAGCAUACAGUACAAUCAGUAAUCCACACUACAGAAUCAAAUAAUCUCUACGUAAUCUUAAUUUGGUGCCGUUUGUAACAGCCUCAAUGUCUGUUCAGUUUGUCUGUGUACAGACCACCAUACUCUACUUUAUGUCCACAGAAUGCAGUGUUUUUCUUUAUAUUAUCGCAGUGUAUGUUUUUAAUGACUAAACUGUGAACUAUGUCAUCAUCUAUAUUAACUAGGUCAUCCACACGCCACAGCUAACCCAUUUGCUGGCCGUUUCUCUGUAAAGAAAUAAAAAUGAACUUUUCUCAUUGA